GGGCUGUGGCUGGAGUGAUCAUUGAUGCAGAUUCUGAUGGCAAACACUGCCCCAAAUCAAACCACGAUCUGGAAUCAGAGAUGUGCAUUCCGAUUACAGCAGAAGCCAAACUGGAGGAGCAAGAGGCAAGCGCUUUGAUUUGGCAGCAUGAAUCUGCAAAAGAUCAGCUGGAGAUCGAUAUGGAGAAAACAAAGCCAGAAGCUGUUGAGAGCACCAAAGCAGCACCAGCAGAGGCAUCAUCGACAGUAAAACGCAAGCUAGAGGAGCUCAAGGCAAAGCCACAGAGCUCUGAGCACGCCAGGGCUUUGAACUCUGCUUUG